AUGCGCCUCACUUUCCUUCUCAUCCUCCUAGCGGCUGCCGUUUCAGCUUUGCCGACCCGCUUUGACAUGAGCGGCGUUGAUCGCCGCAGUAUCCUGCUUUCCGCUCCUCCGGCUGCCCGGGCCGACCACGCUGCCCUUGUGUCUGACCACGUCCAUGGUCGCCGGGCUGGUCAGGGGUUUGGCCACCGCUCCGGCUUACGCAAGGUGCGUCGCUUGAAGAGCAAGCGUGCUCGCAAGUGCCAGCCUCGCACCUCCUCGUCUACGACUACACCGACUCCCACUAGCGGCGACUGGACGCAGACCUGGUCCAAGCCUGACAACAAUUCGACAUCGGGCCACGGCUCAUCGUCAAGUUGGUCCGACCACCCGGGCGUCGAUGGCAGCUCGUCUGAUAACUGGUCAUCUUCGGCUACCACGACUUUCACCACCGAGCACGGCAGGCCGUCGCCCUCGUCCAGCGAGGAGUCCUCGACCGCGUCCCAUUCUUCUUCGCAGUCCUCCUGGGGCAAUGAAGAGACCUCUACAUCGUCGUCUACCUGGGCCACCGAGUCUGCCACCUCUUCAGAGUCCGCAACAGAGUCCAGCUGGGACAGCCAGUCCGCAUCAUCAACUUCCAGCUCGGAGCAGCCCAAGCCCACUGACGGUGGCCAGAGCAACGGCGAGCUCGACCACAUGCUUUUCCCUAACGGUCGCGGCAAGGCGUUCUGGACCACCAGCUCUGGCGGUCUUUCCUUCGAGGAGGCUCUCCUCCCUCUCCAGUUCGGCUCGCUCCCCAACGUCGGCACUGCCCCAGACGGUGCCGUAGCUUUCCAGCAGGUCUACCCUGGCGGUCAGUACGGCAAGGGUUACUCGUUCUACUGCGGUGGUGACAAGAACGGUGUCAACGUUGAGGGCACUCGCGAGAUCACCUUUGCCUACUCGGUCUACUUUGCCGACGGCUUCGCAUGGACCAAGGGCGGAAAGCUUCCAGGCAUCUACGGUGGCACGUCACUCGACGCGGCCAAGACGUGUUCGGGCGGCCGUUCUGAGGGCCGCGACGAAUGCUUCUCUGCACGUGUCAUGUGGCGCGCCAACGGCGACGGCGAGCUCUACAACUACUUCCCUCCAGACGCCAAGAACGACUACUGCAACUUCCCCCCCAAGUCGGUGUGCAACCCCAGCUUUGGUGACUCGAUCGGCCGCGGCGCGUUCCAGUUCAAGGCUGGCCAGUGGAACACUAUCUCGCAGCGCCUCAGGCUCAACGACCCCGGACAAAAGAACGGCGAGCAGGAGCUGUUCAUCAACGGCCAGAGCGUCAUCAAGCUCAACAAUGUCAUGAUCACGUCCAACCCCAACGCCAAGCUCUACGGUAUCAUGGCGCAGACGUUCUUCGGCGGCGGCUCGUCGGACUUUGCCCCACCCAGCGACCAGACGGCCUGGUUCAAGGACUGGUCUCUCUCCAUGUCCUAA